AGCUUCUGAUCUGCUUCACUGACAGCUUCAGCUUUUCUGUCUGGACCAACAGAUGAUUGAUUUGCUGCUGGAAACGGUGAUGGUGCAGCAGAUCCUGCAGGGGGCGCUCUGGGGCCUCAGUGUUCAGGGGGAGGAGCCUAAGGUGCUUCCAGAUGCUUAAAGUGUUUGAACCAGCUCAGUGGCGAAUCCAUCGACCCGAAGGUUUCCUGCACUUUCAUCCCACGGGUGGUUUUCAUCAGAGCAACAUCUGAGUGGUCUCCUAAAAGACUUCAAGAAGUAAUGUUGUUAGUAGUAACUCUUAAAUCUGAUAACAAACUUCUUCCCUUUGUUGUGUGUGCUGGCCAUAGAUUUUAACCACAUCUAUGGUAGUGAAAUAGUUAAAAUCCUAUUUUAGCUCUAACGAUGAUUGAAGCUUCAUUAUUGCUUUAGAAAGUGUAUUAAAGGUAAAUGUUAACUAUUUAUUUUACAGUUUAGCGGUAAACGAACUGAGUCUCCCGUGACGCUUUGCGCUGUCUCUCCCAAAGGAGGUAGUGGAAUCCAAAAAGUGUUCCUCCCAUCAUUUGGUGAAGCUUCCACGGAGGGUCAGUCCACCCACGCAGAGCGGGGAAAGCACAGCAGGCGAAACGGGCUGCGAGUAAUUCUUGGUUCAUACCAACAGAGCUCAUUUGUUUGAUCUCUACGAUUUCAUCGGACCUCCAUCCCCUGGAAAAGGUCACGGCUCUUCCUGCUAAAGUUGCGAUGGCGGAGCGGGUUCUGGUGGUAGGAGGCGGGGGACGGGAACACGCGCUGGCCUGGAAGCUGGCCCAGUCGCCCCGGGUCCAGCAGGUUCUGGUGGCUCCCGGAAACGCAGGAACCGCCAGCUGCGGCAAGAUCAGCAACUCUGCUACCUGAGGGGCUGUUGGACCUGCUAACUGCUCAAUAUAGGAUGUAUUUUAGCUGAAGUCACUUGACACGAUUGAAAAACAGAGGUGAGCCUCUGUAGCUUUCUGUUGCGUUUCUGCAGAGGUGUCGGUGAGCAACCACGGCAUCCUGGCUCGGUUCUGUAAGGACCACCACGUCGGUUUGGUCGUAGUCGGACCCGAGGCGCCGCUGGCAGCAGGUGGAGUCGAUUCCAGUUUCUUAUUGUGGGAUCAAACCUCAGGCGGUUCUGACCCGUAUCGUCUCUGCAGGUAUGGUGGACGAUCUGACGGCGGCGGGCAUUUUGUGUUUUGGACCGUCGGCUGCGGCGGCUCGGUUGGAGUCCAGUAAGAGUUUCGCAAAGGCGUUCAUGGAGCGUCACGGCGUUCCCACGGCUCGCUACGGCUCCUUCAGCGACCCGCAGGACGCCUGCAGCUUCAUCCGCGGCGCCGACUUUCCGGCUCUGGUGGUGAAGGCCGGUGGGCUGGCGGCGGGAAAGGGAGUCAUCGUCGCCGGGGAUCGGGACGAAGCCUGCCGGGCCGUCGUGGAGAUCGUGAAGGACGGAGCCUUUGGGUCAGCAGGAACAACGGUUGUUAUUGAGGAGCUUUUGGAGGGACAGGAAGUGUCUUGUCUGUGCUUCAGCGACGGUACCUGGGUCUCUCCGAUGCCACCGGCUCAGGACCACAAGCGACUCCAGGACAGAGACGCGGGGCCCCUCACGGGCGGGAUGGGGGCCUACUGCCCCACCCCACAGGUGAGCGAGGAGCUGCUGCAGCAGAUCAGAGAGUCGAUCCUGCAGAAGACUGUGGAUGGGAUGAGGCGGGAAGGAACUCCUUAUAAGGGCGUUCUGUACGCGGGCCUCAUGCUGACCAAUCGGGGGCCUAAAGUUCUGGAGUUCAACUGUCGCUUUGGCGACCCAGAAUGCCAGGUUCUGCUUCCUCUGCUGCAGAGCGACCUCUAUGACGUCAUCAUGAACACCGUCAGCGGGAACCUGGCCUCCAACGUCCCCGUGUGGCAGCAGGGCAGCUCUGCUGUUGCCGUGGUGAUGGCCAGCGCAGGAUACCCGGGUUCCUACGUGAAAGGGGUCGAGAUCACAGGUCUGACCCGGCUGCAGGAGGCCGGGCUCCAGGCGUUCCACGCCAGCACCGCCCUGAAGGACGACCGGGUGGUGUCGAGUGGCGGCAGAGUGCUGGCCGUGACGGCGGUGAGGUCGAGCCUGGAGGUCGCCCUGCAGGUGGCCAAUCGGGGCGUGGCUGCUGUUGGAUUCCCGGGCGCCGUGUACCGGCGAGACAUCGGCCACCGGGCCAUCGCUCACCAGAACCAGAACCGGCGUCUGACCUACAAGGACAGCGGAGUGGACAUCGCUGCUGGGAACCAGCUGGUGGACAUCAUCAAGCCUCUGGCUAGAUCCACGACCCGACCCGGCUGCGAUGCAGAGCUGGGAGGUUUUGCUGGACUGUUUGACCUGAAGGCGGCCGGGUUUGUUGACCCGAUCCUGGUUUCUGGGACAGACGGUGUUGGAACUAAGCUGAAGAUCGCCCAGGCCUGUGGCCGUCAUGGCAGUCUGGGUCAGGACUUGGUUGCCAUUUUGGCUCACGGCGCCAAGCCGCUCUUCUUCCUGGACUACUUCUCUUGCGGCAGUCUGGAUGUAGAAGUUGCCGCCUCCAUCGUCGGCGGCGUCGCCAAGGCGUGUGAGGCGGCCGGCUGCGCCCUGCUGGGUAAAAACCGACCUGAUGCAGCCAGUCUGUCAACCACACGGACUUCAUGAUGAUUCUGAACCAUCUGACAGGCGGUGCAGAGCCUAAGCUGAGGAGAGAGACCCAGGGUCACUCACUCGACCCCUAAGCCAGGGGUCGGCAACCAAUGGCUCCGGAGCCACGUGUGGCUCUUUCAUCCUCCUUGUGGCUCCCAGUGACUUUGGGAAAUAGAAUAUCUUAUUAAAAUUAAAUCAUUAAUGAACUAUAAAUUAAACGCAUUUUACAAUACA